AGGCCUGAGAAAGUCUGCGAAGGCCGGCGAGGGGAGUCGAGUCUCCUCCGGAAGUGGCCGUUGUAAACAGCGUCUCCCUGGGGCUUGUCGUCCUCCAGUCCCCCUUUGCUAUUUGUUCACCCUCCCCGGGUCCUAGAGUCCGUCCAGUUCCAACAGAUUUUCUCUGCCCCACCCCCUCCUCCCGCGGUCGUCCUGAGCCUCAUUCUACCAUUGAGAUUUGAAGCUGCCCCUGGGGUCUUGGGUGUACGAUCUGGACCACGGGAGACCCGUGAGAUACGCUGAGAGAUGAGUACAUUCUGGAUGACGCACUAAAGGACUCAAAUGUGAGACUUCAGUACAUCUAACCUGUAGCCACAGACAUCUUGGACAGUUUUAAUCAUUAGUAACGAAGUAUAUCCUUAAGAAACAGUGGGGUAUUUUGAAAGAGUUGGAAGACGUCAUGAGUUUAAACACUUCAGGUAAUACCACUGGAGAUAACCAAAGGCUGAAGAAUGCCUCAUCUGAAGUAAAACAAAUGCUUAAAAGUGAAACAGACUUGGAUAUUACCGCUGAUCUCAGAAAGAAACUUCAUCGGGCUAAGAAAGAAAAAUUAGAAAUAACAACUAAGCACAAUGCAGAGCUGGCUGGCUAUGAGAGCCAGAUCGCCAAGCUGCGAUCUGAGGUUGAAAAAGGAGAGGCAUUGCGACAAAGUCUGGAAUAUGACCUGGCUGUUGCCAGAAAGGAAGCUGGUCUUGGAAGACGAGCUGCUGAAGAAAGGUUGGCUGAGGCACAUAGGAUCCACGAAAAACUCUGUGCUCAGAAUACAGAACUUCAAGGAAGGGCCAGUGAGAUUGAGAAUGUAUUUCAGACUUCUCAGCAGAAAUGGAAAGAAGAAUGCAGAAGAUUUGAACGUGAUUUGGAGGAAAGAGAUAAUAUAAUUCAAAAUUUCAAUCAAAAAUACGAUUCACUUAUGAAAGAAAAAAGCAGGCUAGAGAAAACUCUGCAGGAAGCGUUGGAAAAACAUCAGCAGGAGAAGAAUGACAUGGAGUCUCAUAUCAGGGAGACAGCAUUGGAGGAGUUUAGAUUACAAGAAGAACAAUGGGAAGCAGAAAGAAGAGAGUUACAAUUUAUAGUACAGGAGCAAGAUAAUGCUGUACAAAGUAUGCAUAAGAAAGUAGAAAAAUUAGAAGCCGAACACAUGGACUGCUCUGACAUUUUACGGCAACAAACAAGUGAACUUGAAUUUAGCACUCAACGAGAGGAAUGUCUUAGAAAAGAAUUUGAGGCAACCACUCUACGAGUGAGGAAAUUAGAAGAAAAUAUUGAAGCAGAAAGAGCAGCACAUUUGGAAUCAAAAUUUAAUUCUGAAAUUAUUCAGUUACGGAUUCGAGACCUUGAAGGAGCUUUGCAGGUAGAAAAGGCCAGCCAAGCAGAAGCUGUUGCUGAUUUGGAAAUGAUUAAGAAUGAAUUCAAAGAAGUUGAAAGCGCAUAUGAGCGAGAAAAGCAUAAUGCACAAGAGAGCUUUGCAAAACUAAGUUUAUUAGAAAGAGAGUAUUUCUCCAAAAACAAGAAACUAAAUGAAGAGAUUGAAGAGCAGAAGAAAGUAAUUAUAGACCUUUCAAAGAGACUCCAGUAUAAUGAAAAAAGUUGCAGUGAAUUACAGGAAGAACUUGUAAUGGCUAAGAAGCACCAGGCCUUUCUAGUAGAGACAUGUGAAAAUAACGUGAAAGAAUUGGAAUCGAUCUUGGACAGCUUUACUGUGUCGGGCCAGUGGACAUCAGGCAUCCACAAGGACAAAGAUAAACCUCCCAGCUUCUCUGUUGUCCUUGAGAUUUUAAGGCGUACCUUGACAGAUUACCAGAACAAGCUGGAAGAUGCAUCUAAUGAGCUAAACAGCAUGAAUGAUGCUAAGGAAAAGGCAUCUAAUGAACUUGAUUCUACCAAACAGAAGAUAGACUCUCACACAAAAAAUAUAAAGGACCUUCAGGAUAAACUGGCUGAUGUCAGUAAAGAGUUAAGUCAUUUACGCACUAAGUGUGCAGAUAGAGAGGCUCUAAUAAGCACAUUGAAAGUGGAACUACAAAAUGUGCUGCACUGUUGGGAGAAAGAAAAGGCGCGAGCAGCCCAAUCUGAGUGUGAACUGCAGAAGCUUUCUCAGGCUUACCAGAAGGAUGCCGAGGAGAAGCUAACCUUUCUUCAUACCUUGUAUCAGCACUUGAUAGCAGGCUGUGUGCUCAUAAAACAACCAGAAGGCAUGCUGGAUAAAUUCUCUUGGUCUGAGCUUUGUUCAGUCUUGCAGGAGAAUGUUGAUGCCCUGAUCGCAGACCUUAACAGGGCUAAUGAGAAGAUAAGUCAUCUAGAGUAUAUCUGUAAAAACAAGUCUGAUACUAUGCGAGAGCUUCAGCAGACCCAGGAAGACACCUUCAACAAAGUGGCAGAGCAGAUUAAAGCCCAGGAGAGCUGCUGGCACAAACAAAAGAAGGAGCUGGAGCUGCAGUAUUCAGAGCUCCUCCUAGAGGUGCAGAAGAGGGCACAGAAAUUUCAAGAAAUUGCUGAAAAAAAUAUGGAAAAAUUGAACCGUAUUGAGAAGUCACACGAACAGUUGGUUCAUGAAAAUUCACGCAUCAAAAAUGUGUUAUCUCAGACUCAAAAGGAACAAACAUCCUUGCUGGCAGCCUGUGCAUUGAUGGCUGGUGCCUUAUAUCCUCUCUAUAGCCGAUCAUGUGCCUUGUCUACACAGAGAGAUUUUCUCCAAGAGCAGGUCAACACCUUUGAGUUGUUCAAAAUGGAAGUUAGAACUCUAGCCCAGGCUUUGUCAACUGUAGAGGAAAAGAAGCAAGAGGAGGCCAAGAUGAAGAAAAAACCAUUCAAAGGAUUGAUAUGCAUAUUCCGGAAAGGUGUUAUUGCAAUUUUGGCAGCAAACAGACUCAAGGUUUUGGGCCAGUCAUGUGCCUCUCUUUUUACCUGGAUGGAAAGUUUCAAAGAAGGUAUAGGCAUGUUAGUGUGUACAGGAGAGCCCAAAGACAAGCAUAAAUUUCCAAAACAUCAAAAGGAGCAAUUGCGUUGUUUGCAAGCACUCAGUUGGCUCACCAGUUCUGACCUUCUUGCUGCAAUAAUCACUUCAAUGGCUGAGUUACAGGAAGUAAUUUCUAAAACAGAUCCGAAUUCCAGAGUUUGUGGACAUUUACUUAUAGGUGCAGCCAAGAGUUCUUUUGCAAAACUCAUGGAUAAAAUUAGUUUGGCAAUGGAGAGUUUACCUUUGCACAGUAGCAGCAACAUCAGGAGUGUUACAUAUGUAGAAAAAGAUUCCCUGGCUCAGAGACUGGCCCGUGGACUUCAUAAAGUAAACACACUGGCCCUGAAAUAUGGACUGUGUGGCCAUGUGCCCAUUUUGAAAAGCACAGCAUCAUUACAGAAGCAAAUAUUUGCAUUUACACAAAGGCUGCACGCAGCAGAAGUGGAGCGUCGCUCACUGCGCUUAGAGGUCACAGAAUUCAAACGAAAUGUGAAUGAAAUGAAAAAAGAGCUUGACAAAGCCCAGGGUCUCCAAAUGCAAUUAAAUGAAUUUAAGCAAUCUAAAUUGAUCACCCAUGAGAAGUUUGAAAGUGCAUGUGAAGAACUGAAUAAUGCAUUACUUCGGGAACAGCAGGCACAAAUGCUAUUGAAUGAACAGGCACAACAAUUACAGGAGUUGAACUAUAGACUUGAAUUGCAUUCCAGUGAGGAAGCUGACAAAAACCAAACUCUCGGAGAAGCUGUUAAGAGUCUCUCCGAGGCAAAGAUGGAGCUGAGAAGAAAAGAUCAAUCUCUGCGUCAGCUCAAUAGACAUCUUACCCAGCUGGAGCAGGACAAGCGUCGACUGGAGGAGAACAUCCAUGAUGCAGAAAGUGCCCUCCGCAUGGCAGCCAAGGACAAAGAAUGUGUUGCUAAUCAUAUGAGAACAGUAGAAAACAUGCUUCAUAAGGUCAGAGAUCAGAUCUCGCUGUCACGGACUGCGGCAAGUAGGAAUGACUUCACCCUGCAGCUACCCAAACUGCACCUGGAGACCUUUGCAGUGGAGGGGCUCAAGGGCAGGCCAGAGGUUGUAGCGUGCCAGGCAAUGAUUAAAAGUUUCAUGGAUGUCUACCAGCUUGCAAGCACUAGAAUUGCUACUUUAGAGAAGGAAAUGACAUCUCAUCGAAGUCACAUUGCAACCUUGAAAUCAGAACUUCACACAGCUUGUUUACGUGAAAAUGAAAGUUUACAAUCAGGCGUUGGGGAUUUUUUGCCAUUGAAAGCUGAACUUGAUACAACUUACACUUUCUUAAAGGAGACAUUUAUAAAUUCUGCACCCCUGACAUCAUCUCACUCCUCUCCAGUAACUAUGUCUGCUAUUACCAAAAGACCAACUCAGAUUGGAUUAUGACUUUAUGAAAUAAAAAAAUGCAGGAAGAAUUAACAGUACAAUUAAAAUUGUUUUGAAGGGGGAUUUUCCUAUCAGUUGAAUUUUGUUUCAACACAAGUAGCAGUGAGUUUUAAAAAUUGUGUGAUAUCUUGGUGUGGGCAGGUAUCUAUAUCUCCGUGAAUAAUGAAAUAACCAACUUUUUUCCCUCUAAAUUUUAUUUAUUAUCACAGUUGCUCAUUUUUAUGUAACAUAUUUUUAAAUGUUAAAGAAUGACACAUUUUGGGUAAUUUCCUUCAGACUUAAAAAAAUCAAUAAGCCAUUUUAGUCUCUAUCUAUCAAAGUUGUUUCAUACUUGUCUAUUUUAAAGCAGGACUGCAAUACUUUAAUAGGAUUGAGAGAGCUAUUUGAAAUGUAUGCCAAUGAUUCCUGUCAUUUCAUGGCAGCCCUGCCAUGGUUCACUGAGCCCCCUCUUCUCUCUUGUCAGCUCAACUGAAGACAAGCAUUUAGUUGCAAACUUUAAGCAGGUUGUGCAAAACAGAAAUGAUGUGACUGCUUCUCCUCCUGCACAAUAAUGUCACUCCUGGUCAAUGUGAGAAGGUCAGGUUGCUCCUUGUAAAGCUACAUGAUACCACUUGCCCAUUUGAACAAGUUAAGUUAACUGCUGAAUCUGGUCCCUACAGGCAUUGAAAACUCAUCCUUUUAUCAAGUCUGCAUUUGAUAACAAAGUGGAGCAAUUGUCCUGGGAAGAUUUCUGUGGUAUGUUUAGGCACUUUUUAAGGACAGUUCUCACACCAGUAUAGCAGGUAAUAUGUUUAGUAUAAGCUGAAAAACUUCAAGAUAAUGGCCGUUUUGACCUUCAAAAUAGACUCCUUUUUUUUGUUUUUGUUGUUGGUAGGACCCAAGAGUGACGCCCAUCUUUGAUGCUGACAGAAUUUAAAACAAGGCCAUUGCCCUGCAUUUUCUGCCUUGUAGCACACAAAAGUAAAAUUGUAUGUCAGGCCGAGAUGUCGGGGAGCUGACAAGAUGCCCCAGUGACAUUUCAGCUAGAAAGAGCAAGUGUCUUGCAACCAAGUGGUCAAAUAUCAAAUAAUAGGUCAAGCAGGAAGGAGCUGAGUUCUAACCACAAAGAGGUUUCUGGUAACUUACUUGACAAGCUUUUGGGCGCUUUGUGGCUUGACAAAGUGAUGUUCUGUUGGGUAUCGCUAGACAGACUGUUCUUUAUCGCCUUCAGAAGAUCAGACAUUGACAUUGAUUAAACUCUUUAACCCUUAAAGGUUAAAUCCUAACAGUUUGCAUCAUGGUAAGUGAAGAACAAAAGAAUAUUUGUAAUAUGUAUUUGUUUUUUUGUAUUAAUCGUUUAAAUCCCAGUGAUAUUAACUUCUGAUGUGAACUGUAGUUUUAACGAAGAAUUUUGAUACAAAGUCCAUAUUUUAUAUUACUUUUCGUUAUGGAGUUUGUUGUUAUAGAUACAUUAGAAAGUAACAGUACGUAUUAUGGAAUCUAUAUUGUCUUAACUUGACAGUGACAUUUGAUUCAAAUAUACCCAGCUUCUGAGAAUUUUUUAAAUUGGACUUGGUAAUAAAAUUUGUACACCGACUAUUUAUAUUGUUAGCCAAAUUAGCCAAGUGAUUUAUGCCAUCCAUCUGAGGUAACACAGCACUAUGACUGUCAUACUGUGUAGCACAAUACUAUUUCUUAUAGUACUGAGCCAGUAUAAAUAGUUAUAUAUAAAUCCUUAGAAAGCUUUUUAUGUGGAGUAAAAUUACAUCUUUAACCAAAUUUCUUUUAAUUCUUUCUUUGGAAUUCUUUUUAUUAACCAUUCUGGGUUUAAAGUAUUCCAAAAUAAUACCCUGUGUAAUGUAACAUGCAUGAAAUUCAAGUUGCAAAUUUAUUGUAACAGAAAAUGCUAUAGAUUGUUUUUAUAUAGAUCAUAAAAUAAUUUCUGCACGUUUCAAAACAUUUUUUUCUGCCAUUCCAUACAAUGAUUAAGAUAUUGUCCAUAUAGAAAUUGAUAUAGAGCUUUUUAGUUCACGUAACAUCAUUGAGCUUCCAAUUCUCACACUAUAAAGUGUUACCCCUAUAUCACUUACAUGUCUGUGUGUGUGUAUUUGUGUUGUAUCUAUUUCCAGAUCCUACUAAUUUAAGAGAAAUAAGAACUUUUGUAAACUUUGCCUUUUGUAAAUUUUUGCCUUAACUUUACAAUUUGUUAAUGGGAUAACACCAAAAAUAAACAUAUAUGUCUCUCCA